CUGCCAGACGUCAAAGUGGGAGGACGCACGCUCCCUUCUCUCCCUCUAAGUGCAUUUUCUCGGGAACCCUUUACCCUUUAGACCCCAAAAUAAGGGAGGAUAAAGGGAAUAUCUCCAAUAACAAGUACAGGGAGUUGCAAUAGCGUGUGUCGUGUAGUUUCGGAGAUAUUAAGGGUUUUUUGAAAAAUUGUGGGGUUUUUCGAGAAUAUUUUUGGUUUAAAGAGACAAAGAUUGCGUGGAAAUGAGGCUGUGGUGUGUUCUGGUCGCCCUGCAGCUGUGGAAGAGUGCCGCAGGGGUGCAAGGAGAGGGCCAGUGUGUGUGGUAUGGACAGUGUGGCACCAACCCAGACAGUGCCAUGGGCCAGCAGGCAAACUGUCCUUACAAUGGCACUGCAAAAGGCUUGGAUGAACACAGUGCCUCCCUCCUUGCUGCCACGUGCCCAGAGUUGGUGGCGGACCUUGCAUCGAACAGCAGUGGCAGCCUCUUGACCUGCUGUGACGGGGCUCAAAUCACAGCAAUGGUAUCACAGCUUAAGCUCGGCACAGCGCUACUUGAUCGCUGUCCUACCUGUGUGAGGAACUUCCGGCUGACCUUCUGCUACAUGACCUGCAGUCCCAACCAGACACACUUUAUGGCCAUUAAUGAGACCAAGGUGGCCCACGAUACUAACAAGACCGUUAUUACCACUCUUGACACACACCUGACCCUGCGAUUUGCCGAUGAUGUUUACCGCUCCUGCAAAGACGUUUUAAUGCCUUCGUCAAACUCCAAGGCCAUGUCCCUGAUGUGUGGUUCCUGGGGUGCCCUUUACUGCUCGGGGCCACGGAUGUUUGACUUUAUGGGGGCCAACCCUCUGGCGCCCUUCAAAGUCGACUAUUACUUCAGUGAGGGAAAUGCAUCAGUGUUUCAGCCUCUUGAUUUGAAGGUCCUAGGGUGUGAUGAGCCUGCUUCGAACACCUCCCAAGCCUGCAGCUGUCUGGAUUGCCCCGCUGCCUGCCGGCCUACUCCUCUGCCUCCUCCCCCCUCCCCCUUCACUCUAAUGGGUCUGGAUGGGUUGGCAGUGAUAAUGGGCAUCAUUUUCUUACUACUGUCAUCAACGUUUCUCACUGUCUACCUCUGUGUGACCCUCAGAACCAGAUCCAUUGAAAUCAGCAGCGGGCCACACAGCAAGGCAUGGGGGGAGGAACCUGGCUGCCUGGAACGUGCUGGUGCCUGGAUGGACAGCUCCCUGGAAACCUUCUUCACUGCGUGGGGAACUGCCUGCGCAAACCACCCCUGGAAAGUAUUGCUGGGGGGUGCGGUGGUGACAGUCGGGCUAUCCUGCGGCAUCCUACACCUUCAAGUGACCACCGAUCCUGUCCAGCUGUGGGCCGCCCCUAACUCAAGAUCGCGUGUUGAGAAAGACUUCUUUGAUUCAUCGUUUGAGCCGUUCUACCGCACCGAGAUGCUUAUCAUUCGGCCAGUGGGUGUGGCAAAGGUCCCCCAUGUGACGCCCAAUGGUGAGGAGCUGUGGGGCCCGGUGUUCAACAAGACUUUCCUGAAGGAGGUGCUCAAGUUACAGAAUUAUAUCACUCAGGAGCUGUCCGCCAAUGUGUCAGGAGAGGCCUCAGUGCACCUCAAGGACAUCUGCUUCUCCCCACUGGCUCCACAGAACACAGAUUGCACCAUACAAAGCGUUCUCAAUUAUUUCCAAAAUGACGCUGAUAAUUUAGACUUGACGGAUGUGGACCAACAUAAUUUGACGGUUAAUUAUCUCAACCACCUGGAUUCCUGCUUCAGGAACCCACUAUCUACCGAGGACGAGGCACUGUACCUGCCGUGCCUGGGGUCGUAUGGGGGUCCGGUGUUCCCCUACACAGCCCUGGGGGGGUUCCUGGAGGGCCACCAGGAGCUCGGCGAGGACCCAAAGUAUAAAAACGCAACAGCCCUGGUUAUUUCCUUCAUCGUCAAUAAUAAUUACGACAAGGACAAGACGCGGAUGGCCAUGGCGUGGGAGAAAGAAUUCCUGGCGUACAUGAAGAAUUUUACGCACCCGAUGAUGGACAUAGCUUUCACUGCGGAGAGAGGCAUUCAGGACGAGCUGGAGAGAGAGAGCGAGGGGGACAUCCUCACCAUCCUCAUAUCCUAUUGUGUCAUGUUUGCCUAUAUAGCACUCGCUCUGGGCGACUUCUCAAACUGUCGUCAUCUGCUGAUCAACUCCAAGAUAACGCUGGGGCUGGCUGGGGUGCUGAUUGUGCUGGUAUCAGUGUCAUCAUCAGUCGGAGUGUAUGGCUACGUUGGGGUGCCAGCCACUCUUAUUAUUAUUGAGGUGAUCCCGUUCCUGGUGCUGGCGGUGGGCGUAGACAACAUGUUUAUCCUAGUGCAGACGUAUCAGCGGGAGGCUCGACGGCCCACAGAGACCAGGCCGGACCACAUCGGGAGAGUGGUCGGCCAGGUCGCUCCCACAAUCCUCCUGGCGUCUGCUUCUGAGGCUGCUUGUUUCUUUCUUGGUGCCCUCUCUGGAAUGCCGGCUGUCCACGCCUUUGCCCUGUACGCCGGCCUGGCCCUCACCAUUGACUUUGUGCUCCAGCUGACCUGCUUUGUGGCACUCAUGGCCCUCGACGCAAGGAGACAAGAGGAAGGCCGCUGGGAGGUGUUAUGCUGCAUCAAGGGCUCGGACAAGGACACAAGCGUCAAGGAGGGACUUCUACCAGAGUUUAUCCAAAGAAUUUACGCUCCCUGCCUUCUGUCACAGUGGGUGAGGCCUAUUGUAGUGGUGCUGUUUGGUGCCUGGCUGUGUUGCAGUGUGGCUGUGGUUCCCAAGCUCUCUAUUGGCCUGGAUCAACAGCUCUCAAUGCCCGAUGACUCCUAUCUGCAGAAAUAUUUUACGUACCUUGGGGAGUACUUGAGUGUGGGUCCUCCGGUAUAUUUUGUCCUCCGAGGUGGCGUCAACUUUAGCAGCGUGUCGGAACAAAACAAGAUCUGCGGUACUGUGGAUUGUAAUACCGACAGCCUCGCCACUCAAAUUUACAUGGCGUCACUGCUUGCUAAUAGGACCUACGUAGCCCAGCCAGCGUCGUCGUGGCUGGAUGACUACAUGGACUGGUCCCUCUACAACAUGGGGUCCCAGUCUGCCUGCUGCCGGACCUACCCAAAUGGAUCCUUCUGUCCCUCCUCCGACACCUCCUCACACUGCCUCACCUGCAAUGUUACUAAGCUGCCGGAUGGACAGCGGCCAAACCCUUCGUCCUUCUUAGAGUACCUUGAGUUUUUCUUGGCCGACAUCCCCUCCAUCACGUGUCCUAAGGGUGGCCACGCUGCGUACGGCCAGGCUCUCAAACUCACACAUGGCCAACGGAACCAGACAACUGGCGUGGCUGCAAGUUACUUCAUGACGUACCACACCAUACUUAAGACAUCACAGGAUUACUACGAGGCGCUCCGUUGGGCCAGAAAGGUGUCUGCCAACAUCACCAACACCAUCAACGCAGGGAGUCAACACCAAAACUACACUGUCUUUCCCCACAGUGUGUUUUACGUGUUCUAUGAGCAGUACCUGACCAUGUGGAGUGACGUGCUGACCUCCUUGGGUGUGUCGCUGGUCACUGUCUUCCUGGUCAGUGUUCUCCUCUCUGGCCUGGAAGUGCUGUCCUCGCUGGUUGUGAUGACCACCAUUGUUAUGAUCCUGAUCAACCUGGGCGGCCUCAUGUACUGGUGGGGCGUGUCUCUCAAUGCUGUGUCUCUUGUUAAUUUGGUUAUGGCAGUGGGCAUAUCAGUGGAAUUCUGCAGCCACAUCACACAUGCCUUCUCUCUCUCACUGGAGGACACGAGACUACUGAGGGCCAAGGAUGCACUUACCAAUAUGGGCAGCUCGGUUCUCUCCGGCAUCACCCUCACCAAGUUCGGAGGAAUCUUUGUAUUGGCGUUUGCAAAGUCAAAGAUCUUCAAGGUGUUUUAUUUCCGUAUGUACCUCGGCAUUGUGGUGUUUGGCGCGGCACACGGCCUCAUCCUGCUCCCCGUCCUCCUUAGCUUCAUUGGGCCACAGUCAAACAGAUGCCGUAAAAUCAAACAACAGUGGAACCAUCUUGCCGAGAGUUUCCACGGGUCCAUGAACUUAGAAGACGAUGUUCCAGAGACUAAUGGACCGGCCCCCUCUCCGCUGCCCCCCCAGGUCCACCCGUCCCCCCCAGACCCCCUCGACACACAAGUUAUAAGGCCAGACAUCCACACGAGCUAUGAGGGUGUUGAUAAUUUUGGAGUCACAGUCUGAGGUGUGUGUGUGUGUGUGUGUCUGUGUGUGUGUGUGUGUGUUGUUAUUGUUAUUGUUAUUCUGUCUAUUUAUCUUUUGUCUGUCUGUCUGUCUGUCUGUCUGUCUGUAGUAGUAGUA